UGUGAAAAAAAUGGAGAUGUCAAAAAGAGAAGGUCAAAUCAGGCAGAUAUCCCUGAUAGUCUUCGUCAAGAAGCAGAAACAUGCUAUCGGCUUAAACUGCCUGAAGACUUCUACCAGUUUUGGAAGUUUUGUGAGGAACUAGAUCCUGAGAAGCCAAGUGAUGCACUUGUGUCAAGUGUUGGACUUACACUGGUUGGACCAUAUGAUAUUCUUGCUGGAAAACACAAAAAAGCAAAAUCAACAGAUCUGAACUUCAAUCUUCACUGGAGAUUCUUCUAUGAUCCCCCAGAAUUCCAGACUAUACUUGUUGGGGAUAGCAAGACACAGUAUCACAUGGGAUAUUUCAGGGAUGUGCCAGAUGAGCUUCCAGUGUGGGUUGGUACAAAUGAAGCAAAGAAGGGCUGUGCGAUUUCACAGGCUGGUGAUAAUGUCUUCGCUGCUGUCAAAUUAUUUUUGUCAAAAAAAAUUAAGGAAGUGACUGAUAAAAAGAAAAAUGCUAUUUUGAAAGACAUAGAUGAAAAACUAACAAGAACAGCGAAAGAUCUGGGUUAUUCUCUGGAACAAAAAACCAUGAAGAUGAAACAAAGAGAUAAGCAAGUGGUGACCAAAGCGUUUCAUGGAGCAGGUCUAGUUGUUCCUGUAGACAAAAAUGAUGUUGGAUACAGAGAACUUCCUGAAACAAAUGCUAAUCUUAAAAAAAUUUGUAAGGCCAUCGUUGAUGCUCCUACUGAUGAUGAGAGACUGAAGGCCUUUGCUCCCAUUCAGGAAAUGCUGACCUUUGUUCAGUUUGCUAAUGAUGAAUGUGACUAUGGAAUGGGGUAUGAGCUGGGGAUGGACCUGUUUUGCUAUGGAUCACACUACUUCCAUAAGACGGUGGGCCAGCUGCUGCCCCUGGCUUACACCCUGCUGAAGAGGAACCUCUUCGCCGAGAUCAUCGAGUCGCACCUGGCCAGCCGGCAGGAGGAGAGGUUGGACCAGCUCUCGCCCUGAGCCGCUGGGCUGUGGCCGGGUGGAGCCCCUCGCCUUCUCGGUCGUGGGGUUU